UGGGUAAAAUUCGUGUUCCUUGUUUAUUUCUCAAUCCUACUCUAAUAAUAUUUGGCGCUUCUUUUAAAAUUUACCCUCUGCGUACUGUGGCGCCACCCUAAUUGAAUACAUUUCGACGGACACUUUUCAUAUACAGAGAUGUUACUCCUUACCUCUAUCCUCCAUAGUACCCAGGUAGCAUCCUGGUCAUUCUGAUCAGAACACGCCUGGCAGCAGGAAUUGGUACUCGACGAGCAGGGCGGGCACAACUCUGGUGUUCGUGUUAACCUCUGAUUUUACUAGCGGGAGUGGCAGUGACGCCACGCGGCCGUCGUAACAAGCAAACGGGGUGGCUACUACAGCAGCGUCCUCUACGUUUUUAUAUCGAGUGAUUUCUCUGCCAAGAAUCCCGCACAGUUUAAAUUAAAAAGUAGAAAGUAGAAGAGCGAAAACGAGUAACUACAAGGACGUAAAAAGACCUUGUAAAAAGCGUAUUUUGUCGAUUGUUUUAUAUUGUUAAUGGAGCAGUGCAAUGCCCUCUAGAAGCAAACCAGUUAUUUUAUUUUAAAUUGAUCGUAUAUCUUCUGUACUGUUUUUCUAUGUUAAAAGUAAAAGUGUGAAGCCUUUGUAGUAUGGUACUAUAUAAGAAUACUUUAUUUGAUCGCAAUGAUCACUGAAAGUUUACUGACAGCGUUCGACAUAAGCUCGAGUAUGAAAUUUCUUCGAAAAGUAUUAUAAUAUUUGACAAAUUAUUUCAAAUCGUUAACAGAUGGUGUAUUUAAUUUGAUAGUUAAAUUAUUUGUAGUUAAUCUAAUAUCAAAUAAAUUAAAAUAUCAAUACCAUGUUCGCUAGAUUGCUUAUUGUGUUUACGAACCUUGUAAUAUUGUGUUCUGCUAAUAACAGUGUUGAUUUGGGAACUGUUAUUUUUGCAAAUGUUCUUUAUAGACAUGGUGAUCGGACUCCUAUUGAACUUUAUCCAAAUGAUCCAUAUAAAAAUGAAUCAUUGUGGCCAGUACCUUUUGGACAAUUAACCAAUCUAGGAAAAAAUCAGCAUUUACAUUUGGGUCAAUGGCUAAGAAAUAGAUAUUCUCAUCUUUUAAAUGACGAAUAUCUUCCUAAUGACAUUUAUAUCCGAAGUACGGAUGUAGAUCGUACAUUAAUGUCAGCUGAAGCAAAUUUAGCUGGUUUGUAUCCACCAAAAGGAAAUCAAAUAUGGAAUACUAUCCGUUGGAUGCCUAUUCCAGUACAUACUACACCAGAAUUAGAAGAUAACGUUUUAUCUGGAAAAAAAUACUGCCCAAAAUAUCUAUUGGAAAGAGAUAAAGUAUUACAAUCACCGGAGAUAAAAAAAAUAAAUAAAGAAAAUAAACAUUUAUAUGAUUAUUUGACAGAGAAAACAGGAACAAACAUUAAUACUCUAAAAGAUAUUGAACAUUUAUAUGAUAUGUUAUAUAUUGAAAAUUUAUAUAAUAAAACUUUACCCGAAUGGACAAAAACUGUAUUCCCAAAUAAAUUAAAACCACUCGCUGAAAAAUUUUUUACAAUAAGUGCGUAUAAUAAAAUAUUACAAAGAUUGAAGAUAGGUCUAUUACUUGGAGAAAUGAUAGAUCACAUGGAUAAAAAAUCUAAAAAUGCUUUGAUUCCUGAUAGAAAAGUUUGGGUUUACAGUGCUCAUGAUGAAACCGUGGCAAAUAUGUUAAUGACUUUAAAUUUAUUUGAUCCACAUUGUCCUCCAUAUACAGCCACAAUAUUAAUAGAAUUGAGAUUAAAUUCUAAAAAAGAAUAUUUUGUUACGAUUUCAUACAAAAAUACUACUGAAGAACCAAAUUUAUUAAGUCUUUCUGGUUGCGGCGCUUUAUGUCCGUUGAAUAAAUUUAUUGAAUUAACUAAAGAUGUUAUACCAAAAGACUGGUACAAAGAGUGUACAGUAAAACAUGAAAAGAGUGCAUAUAAUGUCGAAGUAACAACUGUUAUUGCAAUAUUAUCAUCGUCGAUAUUGAUGCUAGUUAGUCUAAUUUUAUUAGUAAUUGGAGUUGUUUACAGAUAUUACAAACGUGCACAUAAUCAGUAUUACCUCAGAUUAACAACAGAUCCUAUAUAAAAAUAAACUAAACAAGAUUAUAGUUAUAUAUUAUGGUACAAAAUAUUUAAUAUCACCAAAGUAAA